AUGAAGAUUAUUAGAUUCAAAUUAUUAAAAUUCUUCAAAAGAAGAAUAAAAACUACAAUUAGUCUUGGUUUUCUUCUCUGGAUUUUUAUUCAUUACUUCACUCAAUAUUCACAAGAGCAAGUGCCCGGAUGGGAGUCCAAUAUCUCUCGAGAUAUAAACUUAUACAUAAAUCCAGAAAAUAAUACUUUGAUACUGAGCCCUAAAUUUCCAUGUAUAUCGUCUUACCUGUUGAUUAUUGUUCAUUCCGCGGUGGCCAAUGCAAAAGCGAGAACAGCAGUUCGAAACACCUGGGCCAAUAAGCAAAAUAUAUAUUUUAAAUAUUUUAAAUCUGUAAACAAAACUAUUGAAGUUGCGUUUAUUUUGGGCAAAAGUAAAAACAAAACACUGAACAAUAAAAUCUUAGAUGAAAAUUCUCGGUACGGUGACAUUAUUCAAGAAGACUUCAUUGAUACUUACAACAAUUUAACUAUAAAAUCGAUGAUGAUGUUGAAAUGGGCGAUAGCGAAAUGUCCUCGAGCAACAUUUAUUAUGAAAACAGAUGACGAUAUUUAUAUAAAUAUUCCAGUUUUAAUGAGAGCAUUGAGGACAUCAAACACAACUAGACUUUUAAUGGGUCACAUCUUAAUUGAUCCCCUACGAAUAACCGAUCCUGGAAAUAAAUGGUAUGUUCCAGACUAUAUGUUCUGGGAGAGAACUUAUCCAAAUUUUACCGCAGGUUCCGGUUACAUUAUGAGCUCAGAUGUUGGAUUAAUCCUGUAUAAAACGGCUUUGACAACUCCAUUAAUACACAUGGAAGAUGUUUAUUUAACAGGAAUUUGUGCUCAAAAAGCUAAUUUAAGUCAUACUACAUACCCAAACUUUGAAUAUUGGCAUCCUCCAUUUUUAUUAAAAUUCUUGUAUACAGAGCCUAGAAAUUAUAUUACUGUACAUUGUGAAAAUAUUUUUGAAAUGUAUAAAAUUUGGAACGAAUUAAAUACUGUAUUACACUCACCUAGGGAAGAAAAGUAAGAAAUGUCUUAGAUC